GGAAUGAGUUGAGCUUCUCUAUGGGAGAAAUAGCUUCCUUCUCCCUGACUUGAAAAAAUAAGAAACCCUGUAAGAGCAGGCAGACUAUUUUGUAACAAGAUCAAAUCAACUGAAACUGCUCUUAUACAUGCUUGGAGAGUGCAGGGUUUGUUAAGCCCUAAAGAAGAUAACCAAAUCUGGAUGCAUACUGUAUGAAAAGAUGGAAGACCAUAUGUGCUGCUAGCACACAAGUUGAAAGUGGAAGUAGGCUGGGAGAAGAACACAUUUCGUGUAGUAGCACUGAAGAGAACAUAUACAGGAUGGUGAAAGUUGUAGGGAGAAAUGGACAUGCUACCUAAUUUUCCCUGCACUGGCUGUUUGUGUCAGCAAUCAAACAUAACCUGUAAGGAUACAUAUUUUUUUUAAGCCUGGAAGUCUUGAGCCUGAGUAGGCACUGAAACUUGAUAGAGAAGGAAUCCCUGAGAUCAGUCCAGGGAAGGAGGGAAUUCUUGUGUCAUCUUCAAGAUGCAUAGAUUUUUGUUUGUUAAAUACUGAAGCAAAAUACUAAGGCAAUUACUCUGAAACUAUAAAGCUCCUUCUUAUUGGGAAGGAAGGAUAUGAUGUUGGAUCAUUUCACAAUAGGACAGUAUUAAAGCACGCCAAAUGGAUAUUGAAGACUGGUGAUUUUUGAAGACUCAGCUGGCUGAAAUAUGCUGCUGCCUGGCAAACUUCUAACAUAAGAUUCAUUGUGGACUGCUCAAAAAGAAGAAGGAAGUUGCAGAGAAUGCUCUAGAGCUGUGCACCAAUGAAUCUCCUGAGGCUGAAAGGUGUGAAAGCAUAGAGCUUGAUGAUGAAAUAAGAAAUCUGAUAGAGAAGAACAGUAUUGCACAGUACCAUGAGAACUCUGAGUUCAUUGCCCAAGAAUGUGUGCUCAGACAGAUGACUUCGUGUUCCCUGAAGACCUGCAGUAAAACAGACAUCCAAAGCCUCUUUCGACUGCCACAGACAGGCAUGAAUGGCGCGGAAACUUCAUCAGACCAGUUACAGAGUACAUUACUGACAAAAAAGAAGAUACCAACAGAUACCCUUGAACAACAGAUCAGAAUACUGGAAAGACAGAGACAAGAGCUGCUGGAGGUGAACAAGCAAUGGGAUCAACAAUUUAGAAGUAUGAAACAACACUAUGAAAAAAAGCUUGCAGAAGUGAAAGCGAAACUGGGUGCAUCACAGAGGAGUAUCAGUGAGCUGGAGAAAGAAAGGCACCAGAAUCAGCAAGAAUGUGAGAGGCUGCAAGCCCUGGCCAGAGAUGGACCUCUUCAGGAAGCGAAAGAAAAAGAAAUUCUAAAUGAAGCAUUGAAUGAACUGAAGGAAGAGAACAAGCUCCUGAAAGAACAAAAAGCUUCAGUGACCAAAAAGAAAGAGUACUAUGAAUGUGAAAUAAGUCGCCUCAACAAGGCCCUUCUGGAUGCACUGCAAAAGCAACACCUGUCCGUUUUUGUGCCUCAUUUGGAUAAGUCUGACAGGAGCUGCAGCCAUGAAGAGAUGAGGACCCAACUGGAAGUUCUCAGACAGCAGGUACAGAUAUAUGAAGAAGACUUUAAAAAGGAGAGAUCUGACCGAGAAAGACUUAAUGAAGAGAAAGAAGCACUGCAAAAACUUAAUGAAAGAUCACAGUCCGAACUGAACAAGCUAAAUUCUCAGAUAAAAGCAUGUUGGCAAGAAAAAGAACUUCUAGAGAAGCAAUUAAAGCAACAGACAAAAGACCUUCCUGUGCCAUCUGAGAAGUGCUGCUUCCUGCCUCAGAUGUUUCUUCCACCUUGUGUUAACUAUGGAAACUGUGGAUUAGUUCUCCACUACCAAGACCCUCGAGUACAAAUGUCAUCACGGGGCAUGUAUGAUCAGCAACAGCACCCUCCAGACUAUCAAUGGUAUGUUCCGGACCAGUUUCCGCCAGAUGUGCAGCACAAGGCAAAUGAUACUUCCUCAGAGAAAGAAGUCCAUCACUGAAAGCAUAUGAACUAGAGAAGUGCAGAUGAAUUACACAUGCUCCCAUACUGUGAAAGACUGGGAGCUAGCCUGAUGUUUCCUCGUAACUUUAUUGUUCUUUGUUUUUUGCCUAUAGCUCCUUAUCUCUCCAGUGCAUGUUAUUUGUACCUGGUGAAAUCCCAGUGGGGGUGGUGAUGAUGAUGGAGACACAGAUAAAUCCUUCACAGAUGUGAUCUUCAAGAACUGGUUAAAUUAUCGGGGGAAACACCACUCCCUUCCCUUCCUUUUGUGGAAGAUGCUGCCCAUACUGGCUACAGGGAUCUAUAGAAACAUCUUAUGAUACAACAUUUAACUACUGCUGGGGAUUAAGAGGAUGUUGUGGCUGAUUUGAAUAUAAAAUGUUUAAGCACAUUAAUAUUGUGAUCUUGUGUAAGAAUCACAAUCCAUUUUAUUUAAUUUCUGAAAAUUAUUUGUUGUGCCAUUUUGAAUUCUGCACUCAUUUCUCUUCAUAUAUAUUUAUUGGAAUGAUAGCUCUUCAGAGAAGCAGCUGUCUACUACUCUGUGAUUGUACACUGCCUAGUAUGAAUGAGCCUCAUUUUUAGUUGGUCCCUAGGCGCUUCUGUAAUAAACAUGAUUAUUAUUAAUAAUAGGUUGACUGAUGAAAAUGGCAAUCCUACUUUUUAACAACAUUUGCAUAAUAACUGUAAUUGUGUCGCACGUUGUUCAAUUUUCCAUAGUAGACACUGAACCUGCUCCCAUUUAAGUCAU